CCUUUAGUGGAGAUGGAAGAGGAGAAGAGAUCUGUGUGCUUGUGGUGCGCACGCUUCCCAGUGAUUCCCAGGGUAACUUUCCAGGACUCCUAAAAAGCGCUGGGCCCCUGCAGCGCGGGGAAAAGGGGAGGGGGGCUGGUCCAGGAUGGAGCUGAUGGUGCUGCUCAAUGCUCUGGUUACUCGCCUGCUCUUUGUGUUGCACUCUCUCAUCGGGGUUUGGAGAGUGACUGCAGUGAAGAAAGAACCCAAGUACUGGCUGCUGGCACUGCUCAAUCUUCUCCUGUGCCUGGAGACAGGGCUCACCCUCAAGUUUAAGCAAGGCAGAGGCUACAAAUGGUUUUCACCAGCAAUAUUUUUAUAUCUGAUUUGCACAGUACCAUCACUAUGGCUACUAGAAAUUCAUCAUGGGACUCAGUACUGUGGUAAUGAGCCCGGAGCAGUUCAGGUGAAUGUCAGCAACCAAGACUUCAAUCAAUCCAGAGAUAGCAGUCAUGGAAGUGAGGGAACAGAUCACCACAUCAUUCAGACGGCUAAAGUCUUUGUGAAUCAGCUCUCCACAAUCUGUGAGACUGUAUGGACACUGGCCCUCCACCAGACUUUUCUACUGCUACUAGUAGUUGGGAGAUGGCUUCUCCCCAUUGGAGUUGAAAUCACUCGGGAUCAAUUGUCUCAGCUGCUUCUCAUGUUUGUGGGAACAGCAGCAGAUAUACUUGAAUUUGCUAGUGAAACCUUGGACAUCGAAGAUGUUCGGAAGAAUUAUGCUCUCAUAAAUGCAAUUCUUGCUGUAUGGACCUGGAGUAUGUUACAGUUUCCGCUUGAUCUUGCAGUACAGCAUAUUGGCUGCAAACCAAGUGCAUCAACUAGGCGGAUCCCCAGCCUGCUACUGUGCAGGUACAGCGCGGAACUGUGGAACAUUGGGGUCAGCCUUUUCAUACAGGACGGUCCCUUCUUCAUUGUGCGUUCAAUCCUGAUGGGCCACUUCAGAAUAUUCAAUCAGAUGCUGGUGUUUUUUACAGCUAAGAAUAUCUUAGUUGUGACUCUACAAUUGUAUCGUUUGGCAGUGAUAACGUUAGACUUUCGUGCUACCAUUCUGCAAAAGAGCAGGAAAGGAGAAGUCAGCUGUUGCCCAUGCGAGCCUUAUGAAGCUAGUACUCAUGCUACCGCUGACCAAGAUACCGAAAUGAAAGAUAUUGUUGCUUUUCCUCCAAAAGAGGAAUCCCAAGCUCUAUCAGAAGAUCAGUGAGCACAGUUACUGACUUGAAAGAGGUUGCAUUUCCCACAGCUUCUUCAGAAGGGCUUUGCCUAUUUCUAUGAUGAAACACACCUUGAGCGAGCGCUUAAGUCAUCUCUUGCACCAAGAGAUCAAUAAUUUCUUCUAAAUUGUAGGGGAAAUUUCUAAAGCAAAGUCAUAGAAAUGGGACAUUUUUGUAUCCAUUUGUAUGCUGGGUUUUGACUAGUUCCCUAUUAUAUUAUCCACAGGGAUUUUGUAGCCAUAGUUUGUAGUAGCAAGAAAGGUUUGGCACACUAACAAAGUUGGUUAUUACCUUUGGUGGCACUGUGCUAACAUAUGUACUCGCAUGUAUUCAAAUAGAAGGACGA